AUGAAUGUUUCUGAGUCUUCCGCACCUCAGACAAGGGCUUCUUCUCCGUCUCGAGAUUAUAAUCCCCGAAAGCGUGGUAGGACGGCUUGUACCCGAUGCAAGACCCGGAAGCAGAAGUGUGAUAAUGAUUACCCCGUUUGCUCCAACUGUCUCAAAGCCGGCGCUGAGUGCGACAAGGCAUCCGUAAGACAGGAGAAUGGAUCUCCAAAUGAAUACACUCGCGCUCUGGAAGAGCGCAUCGCAUAUCUUGAGUCACAACUGCAAUCGAGAGCGAUGAGACCUGGUCAAAGUAAUGGCCAAGCUUCGCACCCUGUGACAGCCAUCUUGUCUCCUCAAAACCAAGAGAUAGGACAAAAGGGCUCUGCUGCAGGCAACAGCAGGUUCCUUGCUAUCAACUCAACUGAAGCACCGGCAUAUGUCGGGUCGAGUUCGGGGCUCUCACUGGCCGCCAACCUUGGGGAGAUGGUUCAAGCAACGGUAUGGAAUCAGGUCCUAUCUCCGUCACGCAACCAGUCUACUCUCUCUGGUGGCGGAAGAGGGAACCUUACGACAUCCUGGGGACCCGGGGCAACUGGUCUCCCUCCACAGCCACUACCGUCAGAUAAAGCUCCUGGGAACCGACGACGCACGGAACCCCCGAACGACGAACUGGGGGCGCGUAUUCUGCACGUUUAUUUGACACGGCUCCAUGUCCGCUAUCCGUUCCUCGACCGCAAAGAGCUCUGGCGUUUGCAUGAAGGCCGGUGGCGACUAGCCAAAACGAAACGGGAGGAACUCACGCCGGUUGAGAGGUUUGGUAUUUUCAAGUUAUAUCUGGCGUAUGCAAUUGGCGCGACAACAAUGCAGUUGAGCGAGAAGUACAACUACAGAUUCUACAUCACAGCUCUCCAACAGGUGCCAGGGAUGUGUGAAACACGAUCUGUAGAAAACGUUGAAGCCAUGACGCUUCUGGUUAUAUACCAUCUCCGUUCUGCAUCCAGUCAGGGUGUUUGGUACAUGAUAGGACUCGCGAUACGCACAGCAAUCGAUCUCGGACUCCACCGCAAAGCCAAUGAGAACAACCUGGAUCCAAUCACCGCGCAAAUGCGCCUAUACUACCUUGAGCGGGUUGUGUCUAUGUCCCUCGGACGACCAUUCAGCAUCUCCGACAGGGACAUUGACCUUCCUCUCCCCAUCGAUGUCGACGACGAUGUCCGCGACCCCGGUCUCCUCCCACCCGAUUCUUCCUCCCCCAAUAAUAAGCGCAUUACUACCCUCACGUUCUCCAUUCAGCUAAGCAAACUUCGCCGCAUCGACUCCCACAUCCAACACAAGAUAUACCGUGCAGACCGUCCGCUACACUCCCUCCGCUCCAAAAUGGACCAGUGGAAAGCCGCCGCUCUCGAACGCUUCUCGGGCUCCGACCUCGACUACCCAAUCCUCCACUACAACCGCGCCGUCCGCCUCCUCAUCCAGCCUUUCCUCCCCUCGCUCCCCCUCACAGACCCUUACUAUCACAUCUGCCUGCGCGCCGCUGGCGAUGUCUGCCAGGCGCAUAAACGCCUCCACCAAACCCUGGAAUACGGACACUCGUUUCUAACCGUGCAAACGGUCUUCAUGGCGGGUAUCACGCUUCUCUACGCGCUCUGGACACAUACAGACCGCGUGUGGUCGGUGCAGAUGAGCAACGACAUCCGCGCUUGCUCCACGGUGCUUUUCGUCAUGGGGGAGCGCGCGGCGUGGGUGAAGAAAUACAGAGACGCCUUUGAGCAUCUUGUGAACGCUGCAAUGGAAAAACUGGAGGGUAGCGAGGCGGCAAAGACCGCUGGAAUGGCCGAGCUCAUGGCCGCACAACAACAUUCUAACGCGGGCUUUGCUGUCGGCACUGGUCCGGGGCCCCGUGGUCCUCCUCUUGCACCUGAAUACCCUAACACCAACACUAAUCCCAAUCCCAGUGCAGAUCCUCAUGCUACUACCACUACCACCACCGGAGUCACUGGUACCCCCGACUUAACCCAGGGCUUCGGACGAGCGGCCAGUGCGGGGACGGCGACGGGAACAGGAAUUGACCCGACGAGCCAGGACCACGGCGUGCGGAUGGCGCUGCAGCUAGCUCCGUGGAUCGAUCUCGAGGACGGGCCAUUCUGGAUGCCGGAUUUCGAAACGCUCGAGGGGUUCUCGGGGAACUUGUGGAGUGGGGAGGGAGUGGGGGACCCGGGGCCGUUUGAUUCUUUGUAA